AUGAAAGACGCUGCUGAAUACAUGGAAUCUCCAGAAGAAGAACAAGAGGAGGCACUCUCGCUCUGCGACCUUCCACUUAACCCCGAUUCCAGAACUCCAAGCUUCGACGAAACGUCGCUUAAGAAAAUACUCCGACCCUCGUCGUUACACGAUAACGCUGGCGAGAUUUUCAACGGCUUCAGCAGCAGCGGCAGCUCCGACAUGUGCCCCGCCGAUGACAUCAUUUUCUGCGGCAAACUCCUUCCGCUCAAAAACCUCAUCGUCCAAGAGGAUAAAUCGCCGGCACGCCGUCGGCGAUCGGAGUCUCUCUCCUCCGUCACGCGAUCGAACAGUGUCAGCACGUGCACCGGCUCUCGCCGCCUCAUGAUGAGGAACAGCAAGAGUUUGGAUUACAAUAGGUUACGAGAGUCCUCCAAUCCGGAGGUUGACCGGAAUUCCUCCGCCAGGAGCGGCGCGCUGCAGGAGGCUGCGUCGAAGAAGGCGACGAAGCCGCGCUGGUACUCUCUGAUGUUCGGGACGAUGAAGGUGCCGACUGAGAUGGAGCUGAGCGACAUGAAGAAUCGGCAGGUUCGGCGGAACGCAUCGAGCACGAUGUUUGUUGCGGCGGAGAAGGUAGGCGGGAAUCGUAGCCCCGGGAAGGUGUCGUGGAGAAUACUGAAGGCACUGAGUUGCAAAGAUCACAGCAGCGUGGCGGUAACGACGUCGUUGUCAUUGCCUCAAGCGUCGUAG